AGCGAGAUUAACGACCCCUCCCCUCCCGUGCUACGGAUUUGUAACGAGCUGUCUAGUCUCGCUUUGUCGGGAACAGUGGCAGACAAGGUCCUGCUGGUUGGCGUUUAACUGAAAAAGCAGUUCAAGACUGGACCGCAGAGCGCUCCAGCGACAAGUGUUCGAUCCCGACACCGGGCACUAUCUGUGCGCGGACUCGUGGAAGAAAUCUCGGGGGGAGAAGGAAGUGCGUGUGGGAUUGUCCAGAAAUGAUUGGUGGAAAUGUAUACUUGAUGGUCAGCUAGGCCGAAUAGUGCUUCAGCGAGGAAGUGCUUGAUUGGUGGGGUGAAUGGCCUCAGUUGCCCUUGAGAUCGUGGGUCUCCUCCUGUCGGUGAGCGGGCUGGUCUGUUCCAUCCUGAGCUGCGCCCUCCCCCUGUGGACGGUACCGGCUUUUCAAGGGGCGAACAUGGUGACUGCUCUGCAGACCUGGGAGGGCCUGUGGAUGGAUUGCAUUUGGCAGAGCACCGGUCAGCUGGCCUGCAACUCCUUCAACUCUUUGCUGAGCCUGGGCGGGAAACUGCAGGCAGCCAGGGCGCUGAGUACCACAGCGGCCGCGCUGGCGGCCCUCGGCAUCCUAGUGUCCGUGGUGGGCGCCAGCUGGACCGAACUCAUCCGCCGGCCGACCUGCAAGGUCCGCCUCACCUCGGUCGCCGGCUUCAUCUUCCUGCUGACCGGUGUCCUGCAGCUCAUCCCGGUCUCCACCACAGCCAACAGCAUCAUCAGCGACUUCUACGACGACUCCGUCCCCGAACACUCCAAGAGGGAACUGGGGCCCUCCUUGUACCUCGGCAUAGCCGCCGGAGUCCUCUUCAUCGUCGACGCUUGCUUCUUGUGGGCGUCCUGUUAUAGGCGCAGAGGUCGAGACACUCAGCCGGGCCACAACACCCCUGUUCAGGCAGACACCAGCCUAAGACAGUAUGUCUAAGUUAACGGGGACUCGAGUCCUGAGGAAGGGUCUUAGCCGGAAACGUCGACUGUUUAUUCCUCUCCAUCGCUACCGUCAGACUUGCUGAGUUG